AUCAAAAUCACGUGGGGUUAACAAUAAAAAUAGCAGGUUCCCAUAUAGGUACAUAAUCAUUCACUAAUAACAUGUGGCUUCCCACUGUAGCCACCUGCGCGGCACCGGCAACCCGAGCCUGGCGACGUGUUGCUCCACUACAUCAUUCACCUGCUCAGCCACUCACCAUUCAGAGCGCAACUCUUCCAUAACCUUUAGCUUCCUUCAAACAUCGCACGAAGCCAAGGCAGUAAUCAAUCAACACACUUUACCACAACUUUAAUCCAUCUUUGGUCCGAACAACCUUUCGUUUAUCUGCGAAGCUAGUUCCGUUCCCAAACGCUCCCUUUGUCUCACCAGCAUUUAGAGUCGGGUUUUACCACUUUACAUACAGCCUUGUCUUGCGUUACUCUCCGAUUCCCACCACCUUGAUUUCCAGACCGUCCAGACCGUCCACAUCGACCAUAAUAAUACCACCCUUCCGAUAAGACAGACCCCGUAAAGUUCUCCAUUAUCAAAUCGCCGCCUCUGUCCCCCCUCCAUCCUCUACCCUUUUCGACUCUCAUCUCUCUCUCCAAACACAACCGCGAUAUCCUCAGAAUCCCAUUUAUCCAUCUAUCAUGGCUUCUCGACCGGGCCCUGCGGCUAGGAGUGGCGUGACAGGACGCUUCGCGCAGUUCAAGUUAGUGUUAUUAGGAGAAUCUGCGGUCGGAAAGAGCUCUAUCGUCUUAAGAUUUGUGAAGGACCAAUUCGACUCGUAUCGCGAAUCCACUAUCGGCGCUGCUUUCUUAACGCAAACCAUCUCCUUAGACGAGAACACCACUGUCAAGUUUGAAAUCUGGGAUACUGCCGGCCAGGAGCGGUACAAGUCCCUGGCGCCCAUGUACUACCGGAAUGCGAACUGCGCCGUCGUUGUCUAUGAUAUCACUCAAUCCGCAUCUCUCGAUAAGGCGAAGGCUUGGGUGAAAGAACUGCAAAGACAAGCAAACGAGAACAUCAUCAUCGCCCUUGCUGGAAACAAGCUAGAUCUAGUUACCGAGCAACCCGACAAGCGAGCUGUCUCGACUGCCGAUGCCGAAGCGUACGCAAACGAAGCGGGGUUAUUAUUCUUCGAAACCUCGGCCAAGACGGCAGAGAAUGUCCGGGAACUAUUUACUGCUAUUGCGAAGAAGUUACCGCUCGACCAAGUCGGUCCUCGACACACCAGGCCUGGUCAACGACCGGGAGGCGUCAGCUUGGCUCCGGAGGGUGCGAAUACACAAUCAGGAGGGCCUUGCGCGUGUUAGAGGCAGUUCCGGGGGCUACUGGAUACCGUUGGGGCGUGGUACAACGAAGGGUUAGAAGUUCCUCGCAGCGCACUGAUUUCCCUGGCGCUGGGCUAGCUGUUUGGUGUCAUAUUUGCGUUCUCAUGCCUUAUCUUAUGGCAGAGAUGCCGUGCUCGAGUGGGAACACUCAAUCAGGCUCUGCAGAACUGUUCGAGCCAGGCUGCUAUCCAGGUCCGGCCUGCAACAGAGACUGGACGUGUUUAGGAAGCAUGACGAAAGACGCGAGAUGCUCAAGUGUAUAUUUCAUUGGGAGUUUCUUGGUAGGAGGGCAUACAUCGUUUUUUAAUACCUGACUUUUUUUCACCGAGUUCUCAAGGUACAGGCUUAACUGCUGGAUGCAUCGCAGUCGAUUAUAGGCAAAGUGUUAAGAGGUACGUCGGCAUGUGGCUUGAGAUGAACUUGGACUGAGACUGGACGAGGCUGGGCUACUACGUAUAUAGCUCGGCGAGUAAUGCGAUAGAGUAACAUUUUUUGAUGAGAUGCAUUAGGUACUUUAUAACUGUGCUAUAACUAUUACCUAGGUCCCUGUUUUGGCAAGCUUCUUUUGAUUGCCUUCUAUUGUAGAGAUAUUAGCAUGUACUACGUUAGGU